AUGUCGCACAGCACGAGUAAGCUGCACUUGCCGAGUUUGAAGGACACUCUGCUACCGCAGCCGCCGAGCUUCGCGAAGAAGAAGAACUAUGAGUUAAAGGAGGUCAUGGGAGAGGGGACGUUUGGAAAGGUCUUGGAGAGCCACAUGACGAAGGAGGUCGCGCUGAAGGUCAUCCCGAAGAAGAAGGUGAAGGGGAACGAGGCGAGCGUGUGGGGCGAGAUGGAGGUGCUUCGCGGGCUGGACCAUCCGAACAUUGUCAAGUUCUACGAAUGGUUCGAGUCGCGGACGAAGUACUACCUCGUGUUCGAGCUCGCCAUGGGAGGCGAGCUUUUCGAGCGGAUAAGCAAGCGGGGCAAAUUCACGGAGAGCGAUGCGGUGAACGUGGUCAGAUCGAUACUCUCGGGCGUGAAGUACCUCCACGAACACGACAUCGUCCAUCGGGACUUGAAGCCGGAGAACAUCCUCUACCGUACGAAAGACCCAGACUCGGACAUCGUCAUCGCCGAUUUCGGGAUAGCGAAACACCUGCACUCCGCCACGGAGCAGCUCACCUCGCUAGCGGGGAGCUUCGGGUACGUCGCGCCCGAGGUGCUAAACAAGACCGGGCACGGGAAGAAGGUCGAUAUCUGGUCGACGGGGAUUAUCACGUAUGUGCUACUGUGCGGUUACUCGCCGUUCCGGUCGGACGACGCGAAGGAGCUUAUACGCGAGACGACGGCUGCGCGGGUGGAGUUCCACGAGCGGUACUGGAAGAACGUUUCUGAAGAGGCGAAAGAUUUCAUCAGAUACCUCCUCAAUUCGAACCCUGCGGAGAGGCCAUCGGCCGCCGAGGCGCUAGAACACGAGUGGCUCACGAACCGCCGACCGGGCCAGCACGACCUCUCCGGUCUGCGGGACAACUUCGACGCGCGGGGAAAAUGGCGGCAGGCUAUCCAGGGCGCACUCGCGGUCGGGCGGCUCAGCAGGGCUGCGAGCCAGGCCAGCAACGCCAGCGCGACGUCGGCGAGCAGC